AUGAAUUAUACUCCUUCAUCUUCAAAAUCAAAUAAUUUAAAAUCUAAUGUUGAUUUGUCUCCUAUUAAUAAACAACAAGAAGAGAAAAUCAAUGUUGAAAUAAAAUGUUGUAGUUGUGGAGAGAUACUUAAUCUUCAUGAAAGUUUAAAAGACUCUGAUACUUCUAAAAUUAUGGAAUAUUCUUUGAUAAAUAAUUCAAAGUUAUCUUUUGUUCAAGGUAAUAUUGUUACAAUGAUUGCAAAGUCUGACUCUCCUUUUCAUGUUCCUAUAUGUAAUGAUUGUCAUUUGGUGUUAGUGGAAAACUUACGUUCAAAAAAUAUUAUAUUAGAAGAACAAAAUAAAGGUUAUCGAGAAUGUUUAAAAAAAAUUAUUUCAUCAGAAAGUGAUGAGAAGAAUGAUGAAAUUGUUGGAAAAAUAAAUCUAAAAAAAUUACAAGAAAAAGAAAAAAAUUUAUUGUAUGAAUUAAAAAAAUUAGAGAAUGAAGAAAAAGAAUUAGAAGACAGUAUAAAAAUACUUGAAGAAAAGGAAAGCAAUUUAUUGGGUAUUGAAAAAAAGUUAAUUAAUAAUUUAAAAAUUAAUCAUGGUGAUAUGGUUAAAUUUUCGUUAAAAAAACAUUCAAUGAAACUACAGGAGACAUUCGCAAUUGAACAAUUAAAUGAACUUCGGAAAGUAAAUAUGUUAAAUAAAACGUUUUACAUUUAUGUUAACAAUAAAGAAAUUGGUUGUAUAAAUGAUUUACGUCUAGGGAGACUACCUGAUCAAUCUAUUCCAUUAAAUGAAUUUAAUGCUGCAUGGGGUCAAUGUGUUUUAUGUUUACAUGUUUUAUUUGAGUUGUUAGGUCUUAAACAGUAUCCUUAUCAAUUAAUACCAAUGGGAUCACAAUCAAUUAUUCGUGAGUACAACUCAACAGGAUAUAAAGAUUAUAAAUUAUAUGAAUCUUCUUGGACAAUUUUUAAAGCAUACUUAGAUGAUUCCAUUUCAGCAUAUGUUAAAUGUUUACAAAAAUUUGACAUUGAAUUUUGUCAACAAAAUAAUAUUGUAUCUGGAACAAUAUUUCCAUAUACAAUAAGAAAUGAUCGAAUUGCAGAUGAGGUAAUAAAUGCUUCCAACGAGGCAUCAGCAAUAUGGUACAGUAUUAAAACACAAUUUCAAAAAGAUGAAAGGUGGACUAAAGCAAUGAAAUUAAUGCUAUUAAAUCUAAAGAAUGCUAUAAUGUAUGCAGCUUCUAUUAAAGGAAUUUAA